UAUGUAGGUAAUGUUUACAUCAUUGCAUAGGUAGUUAGUUUGACACUAAAAUUUGCCUAUAAAUUGACUCUUCUUAUUCCAUCCAACAAUCAAACAACCCAUAAACGUUAAGCUUCUACAUACCAUGGCCAAAAUAGACAUUCUGCCUCCUACUUUGGAUUCUACGUCAGAGAAGCCUCCAAACCAUGGAAAACCUAGGUUGUACACUUGCUAUACAUGCCCUUUUGCUCAGCGUGUAUGGAUUGGCAUAAAUUACAAGGGGUUGCAAGAAAAAAUUGAAUUAAUACCCAUUGAUCUGAAUGAUAAACCAACUUGGUACAAGGAUGUUUACCCACCUGCCAAGGUGCCUACGCUGGAGCACAACAAUCAAAUUAUUGCAGAAAGCCUUGAUUUGCUCAAGUAUUUAGAUACCCACUUUGAUGGACCAAAACUUCUCCCAGAUGAUCCUGCUAAGAAUGAAUUUUCUGAAGAGAUGAUGGUCUAUGCUGUCACUUUUGGUGGAGCUACUAUCUCUUAUCUCAAAGGGGGCCCUGAAGCUGAUAUGGUUGCUGCCUUGGACAAAAUCGAAGAGGCUCUUUCUAAAUUUGAUGGUGGGCCUUUCUUCCUUGGUGAAUUCAGUGCGGUGGACAUUGCUUAUGCCCCAUUUGUAGAGAGGCUCCAGCCACUGUUGCUAGAGGUAAAGAACUAUGAUAUUACAUCUGGGAGGCCCAAGUUAGCUACCUGGAUUCAGGAAGUGAACAAAAUUGAUGGGUAUAGACAAACCAAAUGGAAUAUUGAUGUACUCACUUCGAUCUUCAAGAAGCAAGUACUGGGCCUAUGAAUGAUUUAAUAAGUCUAAUACACAAAAAAAAGAUGCAUUCAAGGAACUAUGUUUCUUCAUGUGUAGCUUGUAUGUGUUCACAAUUUCCCUAGGCUUUGGAAUUCUACUUGUUCAGAGUUCAGACUUAUUGUAAUGAAGCUGUCUUCAUGAUGUUCAUCAUCAAAGUUUAUUAUCCUAUAAUCGAAAAAGAUAGUGUGAAAUGCAUUUUAUCAUAUCAGUCGAGUUGUAUAACCACUAUUAUUGUAAUAUCGCUCUCAUGGUCUAGGCCAAUAUUUGGUAGUACAUUUGUGUCACCUCCAUUACUGAGUCGUCAAGGAUGUUCAAUGGGCAAUUCCCCUUUUUGAGCCCUUAUCCGGUCUG